UCGAUCAAGCAAUCGAUCUUUCUCGCUGGACUGACAUCGUCACCCUAGCCGCUUCUUCGUCUAGAUUCUUGGCAAACCUUGAGCUAACUAAUCUAAGCUUGGCUUGCAUUGCAUUCACUUCACCGUUGCCACCGUACCGUCGUCGCCAAAAGCUGUUGACAGACAUGGGUGGAGGCAGCCCCAUGCAGGCGGUGCUGGUGGCACCAGGGGUGAAGGACAGGAAGGUGCUGGCGUUCAAGCGGCACGCGCUCAAGGAGAAGGACGCCGUAGCCGCGCUCAUGCGCUCCAUCGCCGGCUCCGGCGUCCGUAGCGCGUUCCACGUCCUCGACCUCGCCAGGGUCCUCGACCUGCACGGACACUGGCGCCGCGAGCUCCCCGACGUGCGGCCCUACUACGCCGUCAAGUGCAACCCUGAGCCGGCGAUGCUGGGCGCGCUGGCGGCGCUCGGCGCCGGGUUCGACUGCGCCAGCCGCCGAGAGAUCGAGGCCGUGCUCGCGCUCGGGGUUGAGCCGGGGAGCAUAGUGUACGCCAACCCGUGCAAGCCCGAGGCGCACAUCGAGUACGCGGCGCAGGUCGGCGUCAACCUCACCACGUACGACUCCGAGGAGGAGGUGGCCAAGGUGAAGCGCUGCCACCCUGGCUGCGAGCUCGUCCUCCGCAUCAAGGGCCCCGUCAACGGCGAUGCUAAGGUCGACCUCGGCGUCAAGUACGGAGCGCUAGCCGACGAGGUGGUCCCGCUCCUCCGCGCCGCGCAGCGCGCGGGCCUCGCCGUGGCUGGCGUUUCCUUCCACGUCGGCAGCGGCGGGUCACGCACCGACGUGUACCGGGAAGCCAUCAAGGCCUCUCGCGCGGCGUUCGACGCGGCUGAGGCCCUCGGCAUGCCGCCCAUGCGCGUGCUCGACAUCGGCGGCGGCUUCGUGGCCGGCGCCACCUUCCACGAGGCGGCAGCAGUCAUCAAGGAAGCGCUCGCCCAGCAUUUCGGCGACCUCCCACCAUGCAUUGAGGUGAUCGGCGAGCCGGGACGGUACUUCGCAGAGACUGCAUUCACGCUCGCGGCGCGCGUUAUCGGGAAGCGCACGCGCGGCGAGGUGCGGGAGUACUGGAUCGACGACGGCGUCUACGGCUCUCUCAACUGCGUCCUCAUGGACGACUACGUGCCGCGCCCGAGGCCGCUCAACGCCGGCCGCCCCGGUGAGAAGACGUACGCGUCGACGGUGUUUGGGCCGACGUGCGACUCUCUCGACACGGUGAUUACGGGGUACCAGCUGCCGGAGAUGAGCGUGGGGGAGUGGCUCGUGUUCCACGACAUGGGCGCCUACACUACCGGGUCCGGCUCCAACUUCAACGGCUUCUACACGUCUGACAUCAAGACAUUCUUGGCCUACUGCAGCUAGAGUACCACAGUAUAUAUAUGCUGGACGCCACACGUUGUUAAUUUGUGUCAUGUACAUAUUCGACAUCUUGGGUUAUGGCUAAGUUGAUGCGGGUUGAGUAGAGAGUGUUGGUCCUACCUAAGGAGGAUUGUUCAUGCUACUCUCUCAUUUCUAAAGUGUU